AUGCAGCGCCCUCAAAGCGCGCCAAAGAAAAAAACUCGGCGAGUAAUUGACACAAAAAAGGUCACAGUUAAGAGAGUAGUGCCUAAAAAUACCAUAGAUACUUCCUGUUAUCGUUUAUCCAAGACAACACCAAUUAACGGAAAUAAAGUUGUUCUUGCAGAACAGGCAGAACCAUUCGCAGACAAGUAUUAUCGCGAGCAUGAAGAUGAAAGAGGAGAUCUUCGCCCUCCUGAAGAAAAAUUAAAAGAUAUUGAAGCAAGAUUAGAUGAAAAUCUCGAAGAAAUAGAUAGAUUUAACUUACUUAUGAAACAAAAAUGCUAUAUAUACGUCGUAUAUGGUGAAACAUCAGAAGAAGCACUUCGUGUUCACGCUUCACUUGGAGAUUUUUACAAUUUUUCAAACAAACCCAAGAGUGCGUUACGUCAUUUCGAAAAGGCUCAUGCUUUAGAACCAGGUAAGGAGCUUGAUAACGAUACGAAAGCGAAAAUAUCAGUUGGAAUGUCGGAAGCACAUCUUGCGCUUUCAGGAGAGAAUAAACGAGAAAUAAAUCAUGCCGGAAAUACUCUUAAACCAGCAUUGGAACUCGAAAUUGAGAACAAAAUGCUCAAAUUUAGAAGAGAUCUUACUCAUGCAAGAAUUUUAUCGGCAAAAGAGAAAUAUGAAGAAGCUUACGAUGCGUACAUGAUAGCUGAACAGUCCCACAAGGAAUGUGAGCAUGAAGAAGAUGAAUCAACUGCAAAAAUUUACACAGAAUUUGGAGAAGCUUGUAGGAAUGCAGAAAAAUACCAUGAAUCUCUUCCAUUUUAUCAAAAAGCUUACGAUAUAUAUACAAAGCUUGAAAUGACCAAAGAAGCGGAAGCAAUUGCACCUUUCUUGGAAUUGCAUGAAGAAGAAGAGGUCAAAGAGGAAGAAGAAGCCAAAGAAGAAGAGGAAAAGAAGGAAUCUGAACAGAAUAAUGACAGUCAAGCCGAAACAAAGAGUUUAAGUCUCACAGAUGGAUUAAAAGAACAAAUAACAGAAAAAAUUGAAGAUGAAAAACUAGAAGCCGAUGGAGAACAAGAUCUCAAUAAAGAGGAAGAAGAAAAGAACGAAGAAGAAGAGGAGGAAGAGGAAAAGAAAGAACCUGAACAAGAUCAGAAGCAGCCAACAUUAAACCUUGGAGAAAGCGUGCAAAAAGUUGCAGAAGAAAUAGCUAGUGCUGAAGAUAACAAUGAAGAACAGAAUGUUGAAAAGAAUUCAACAGCGGAUUCCUUUGAAAGUACCUCUAAUAACAACUAA